GACAUGUUCAAUUGUUCAUAGCCUCCAUCUUUCUCUCUCUCUCACUGACCCCUUCCUCUCCACAUCCACAACACAUUUCCAUCUCUUUCUCUCCCCCUAUAUCUCACAGCCCAAUCCCAGAUCGCUCUCUAACAAGACCAAAAAUGAAAAACCCAGUUCCUAUUUUACCUUAAAGCUCUCGAAUUUCCCAAAAAUGCCAGCGAUUAAGAGUAUAAUUAACAGGUCAACAUCACACAGGGUGGUCCAGUACAGCUCAGCACCGGAGCUGAAGCUUUUUGCCGCUGGCGGUGCUGCAGAGACUACUUCAUGUUGGGCUAAUUUGCCACAAGAGUUGUUAAGAGAAGUGCUUGUUAGAAUAGAAGAAUCAGAGAGUAGUUGGCCACCAAGAAAAAAUGUGGUGGCUUGUGCUGGUGUUUGUAGGAGUUGGAGACAUAUAACUAAAGAUUUAGUUAAAGUCCCUGAACUCUCUGGCAAAAUCACUUUUCCGAUCUCUGUCAAGCAGCCUGGUCCAAGGGAACAACUCCUCCAGUGCUUCAUAAAGCGUUGCAGGUCCACUCAAACGUACCGUCUCUAUCUCAGUUUAAAUAAUGCAUUAACUGAAGACGGGAAGUUCCUUCUUGCUGCACGCAAGUGUAGACGCCCCACCUGCACAGAUUAUAUCAUCUCUCUAGAUACUGAUGAUAUGUCAAAGGGAAGCAAUACUUAUGCUGGGAAACUUAGAUCCAAUUUUCUAGGAACCAAGUUCACAGUCUUUGAUGGGCAGCCACCUCAUGCUGGAGCCAAGAUGACAAAAAGUUACUCCUCUAGGCUGGUAAAUUUGAAACAAGUUUCUCCAAGGGUCCCUACUGGCAACUACCCAGUUGCUAACAUCUCAUAUGAAUUAAAUGUACUGGGUUCCAGGGGUCCUAGGAGAAUGCAUUGCAUUAUGGACGCCAUCCCUGCUGCUGCCAUUGAACCUGGUGGAGUAGCUCCCACACAGACCGAGUUCUAUCAUCACAGUGCAGAUUUCUUUCCAUCACUCCUGUUUUUCCGGUCAAAGUCAAACCGUGUUGAGAGGGUUGAGAGCUUUCAAUCAGGACCCUUGUCCAGUCAGAGAGAAGGAGCUUUGGUACUGAGAAACAAGGCUCCAAGGUGGCAUGAGCAGCUCCAGUGUUGGUGUUUGAACUUCCAUGGACGAGUUACAGUUGCUUCAGUGAAAAACUUCCAGCUGGUCGCUUCCCAAGAAAAUGGCCCAGCCGGGCCAGAACAUGAGAAUAUCAUCCUUCAAUUUGGCAAAGUGGGAAAGGAUUUGUUUACCAUGGAUUACCGUUAUCCAAUCUCUGCAUUCCAAGCAUUUGCAAUUUGCCUCAGUAGCUUCGACACCAAAAUAGCUUGUGAAUGAUGACACAUGAUUGAGCAGGUGGAAUGGAGUUUUCUGGGUUGAUUGUGGUGCAAUAAAGUUUGUGAGGGAACUGAAUAUCUGGUAGUUGCUAAUACAAAUGAAAUGCUCAGAGGCUGCUGCUUAUUUGAAUGUUUUGAUAUAAUGGGGUUGGAGUCUGACUUGCAUCAAGAAUUCAUGAUGUAGAAAGAGAUGUGGCAUCUAUAGUUUAGGACUGGAAGUGUCACCUAUAAUGCUCUGUAUAUUUCACUCUCUGCGUUUUCUUCUCCUUUAUUUUUAUUUUCUUUAAUUUUCCUUAUUUUAUUUUCUUUUUAUUUGUUUUCUUUCUUUCUUUCCUUCCUUUUUAUUUGUUUUCUUUUUGUGGCUGUGUAACUAUUUGUCACUUUAAUUAUUUGUUGAGACACCAAGAUGCAAGCUUGACUUGUA